AUGUCCGAAAUGGGAGUCAAGUGCGCUGGGCACGAAGGCGCCGGGGUGAUUGUCAAGAUUGGCGAAAAUGUCAAGGGGCUUGCAGUAGGUCAGCGAGCAGGAUUCAAGCCCAUUCAGAAUGUUUGCCACCAGUGCGAUUACUGUAAGUCUGGCCGGGAUCAGUACUGCCACAAAGCUGUUUUCACGGGAGGAGUCUGUGACGGCAAGUAUCAGCCUCCCACUCAAGCCAUACGAUUCCUGCUUACAACGAACAGGAUCCUACAAACAGGCGUCUCGGAUUACAUCGCAGGUCCUGUCAUGUGCUCUGCCUCGACGGUGUACUCCUCGAUUAAAGAAUCCGGCAUUAGACCUGGUCACUUCGCCGUGUUCCCCGGUGGAGGUGGGGGCGUCGGAAUCCAAGGAGUCCAACUGGCAGCUGCUAUGGGAAUGCGAGCUAUCGUGGUGGACACUGGCGACGACCGAAGAAAGCUAGCCUUGGAGCUGGGUGCCGAACACUUUGUGGACUUCAAAGAGGGAGAUCCGGUCAGCAAGGUUGUGGAGCUUACCGAGGGCGGUGCACACGCGGUGUUCGUCACUGCAGUUCAGUCAUACCCAAUAUCUCUCGGCUACCUGGGCGGUCGAGCAGGUGGACAAGUCAUGUGUAUCGGUCUUCCUCCAGACGGAAAAUACCACGUCGACCUGAAUCCUUCAUCCUUGAUAUUCCGCGGACAAUCCAUCAAGGGAACACUUGUGAGUAGCAUGGCUGAUGUUGAUGAGACACUCGAGUUCGCUCGACGAGGCAAGCUGCGUCUCCAGCCCAAGAUAGUAGGAUUAAGCAAAUUCAACGAAGCAGUCCAGAGUCUGAAAAACGGACAAGUUGCUGGUCGCAUCGUGGUCGACUUCAACCUGCCGUGA